AUGAUAAGUUAUCUUUGGUUACAAAUGACACAUUUUCAGUCAUGUAGAAUGUCAGAAAGAUACAAACAAUUGAACCGUUAUAAAUGCCACAGCAAAGUUCGUAAACAUUCAAUGUUGCAGAUGGGUAACAACAAAGCACGUAAAUUUGAAGAUCAAAUAAUAAAUGAUCCAAGAAUAAAAAAUCAUCAUAAGCUAUUGCUUGGGUUGCAUGCAUGAGUAACGAUUCCAUAAAAAAAAAAAGAGUAGCAUAUUAAGGAAACAGGGUUAUCUAUAAGACAGAUUCGAAACAGAAGGUAAAUGCCAAAUGUUCAGCGUGCUGCAUGCACAUGUCAUUAAAGCCAAGAUCUCUUGUUUUUUGUAUUGUUCCAUUCUCUAUGUAUGUACAAGUUCGGUCAAAAGGAAAAAAAGACAAGUUAGAUCUGUCAAAGCCAAUCAUUUCAAAUUCUGAUAUACUCAUUGCUUUGCGUAGAUGGAAAGCAUUGGGACUUGGGUCGCAUAUUCUAAAGCUGAAUUUGCUUCUGUCCCAGAAAAAGCAUUUAUAGUUAGUUUUGCCUUGUAGUACUACUAGUUCAAACAUCAAGCAGACUCAAAACCCAAGACAGUGACACUUCCUACUUUAGUGUUUCUUCCAACUUUAAUUGAGCUUCUCUUUUGAUCUUCGUAUAAAUAUAAAUAACCCUCCAUCUCUCUGUCUCAUUAGACAUAUCAAUAGUUUUUGAAUCAUUCUGUCUCCCUUUGUCCCAAGCUUCUCCAAACCAUAACUCUGUACCAUCAUUUCAUCUAAGCAGUAUUAAUGGAGAUUGUUGAGUUAAAAGUGGAGAUGGUUUGUAUACAUGAGAAGAGACUAAGGAAAUGCCUGUCAAAAUUAAAAGGGAUAGAGAAGGUGGAAGUGGAUACUAACUGUCAGAAAGUAGUAAUAACUGGAUACACACACAAAAACAAGAUCCUAAAAGCUGUUAGGAGAGGUGGUCUCAGGGCUGAUUUUUGGUCUCCUCAGAAUGAGUUGCUUAACGCUUAUGUCAGUGCCAAUUAUGCUAGAUUUAGAUUCAACCCCUUUAGCUUCUUCUAGUUUUUUCUCAUCCCCAACCCCACCAAGCCUUUUUGUGUUUGGCUUUCUCUGUUGAGAUUUUAUAUACACUAUCAUUAUAUUCAUUAGCUUUCUUAUUUCCAUAGAAAUCAUGACCACUCAAAAAAAAUUCAAUGAGGAUAUUUCAGAUAAAUAUAAUAGAAUAGAGAUAUAUUCAACUUAA